UUCCCAGGACGCGUCACUUCCGGGCGGCGAGGCGCGGCGGCCGCCAUCUUGGGCGGCUGAGGCGAAGCGGCUGAGGCGAAGCGGGGCCUGCCUUUCCCGGGUCUCCUCCCCGCGGGCGCCCGGCCAUGGCGGGCCAGUUCGACGCGGAGGACCAGGGCGGGUGGUACUGGGGCCGGCUGAGCCGGGCGGAGGCGGUGGCGCUGCUCCAGGGACAGCGCCACGGCACCUUCCUCGUCCGCGACUCCGGCACCAUCCCGGGGGACUUCGUCCUCUCCGUCUCCGAGAGCUCCCGCGUCUCCCACUACAUCGUCAACAGCCAGGCCGGAGGGGGCGGGCCUCCGGGCCUGAAUCCUUCCCGAUUCCGGAUCGGGGACCAGGAGUUUGACUCCCUGCCGUCUCUGCUGGAAUUCUACAAGAUCCACUACCUGGACACUACCACCCUGAUCGAGCCGGUCUCCAAGGCCAAGCACCGCGGGAGCGGCGACCUGCAGCAGCCGAGGGCCGAGGAGGAAGCGGAGUUCGUCCGCGCCCUCUUUGACUUUCAGGGCAACGACGAGGAAGACCUGCCCUUCAAGAAGGGGGACAUCCUGCGGAUCCGGGAGAAGCCCGAGGAGCAGUGGUGGAACGCGGAGGACGGCGAGGGCCGGCGGGGCAUGAUCCCGGUGCCCUACGUGGAGAAGUGCCGCCCGGCCCCCCACCCCAUCGUCGGGGGCCCCCCGGAGGGCGUCCCGGCCCCACAGAUGCAGCCGCCAUUACCGCCUCUGGGAGGGAUGGAGCCCGGCCCGUACGCCCAGCCCAGCGUCGUCAACACCCCGCUCCCCAACCUCCAGAACGGCCCCAUCUUUGCCCGGGUGAUCCAGAAGCGGGUCCCCAACGCCUACGACAAGACGGCCCUGGCUUUGGAGGUGGGGGAGCUGGUCAAAGUGACCAAGAUCAACAUGAGCGGCCAGUGGGAAGGCGAGUGUGGGGCCCGGCGGGGCCACUUCCCCUUCACGCACGUCCGGCUCCUCGACCAGCAGAACCCCGAGGAGGACUUCAGUUGAGCUUGGUCCAAGCCGGGCUCCCUUGAGCCUCCUCCUCUUGUUUUGGACGGGCCACACACCCUGCGACGGAUGCCAUCAAAGAGAGAGAGACUGUCGGAAGACGCAGGCCUCGUUCCCGCAAUAACCCCAAUCUUGGUGGGCCGGGGACCCCGCCAUUCGAGGGUUCGACAGAGGGGAAUCCCACCGGCCGCUGCCCAGUCCCCCCGCUUUUGAGUCUGGCUCUGCCUUGUCCCUUUUGGGCCGCGAGUCAACGGCGGGCUUCCCUUGGGCAGAACCACGACCCUUUGAAUGUGCCGAGGCCAAAUGCAGAAAAGAGGGGGCCCCGACCGACCUUCGCCUCCGGAACCGGAACGAUAGCAAGUAGCCGCAUUACCUUCAGAGAUAUAGCUCUUAAUACCUAUAACAUACGAGUGGGACUCUGGGCCUCCCUCUGUAGACCGAUCUCCGUUGCCUUUGUGUCCCUUUUAGCAGGAAGGGGGUUUCGGGCGCGACUUGGAACCCGUUACACUCCAGAGAUUCUCACCCUCUCCUUCGGUAUUCCCUCAGCAAUGGGAGUACGGCUUUCUGACAAAAUAUAAUCCUUUCCAGGCCUUUUUUAGGUCCUUGUAGCACGUCUCUCUGGGAUUCUUCACGUCAGUUAGGGUUCGUAAUAUAUCCGAAUCUUCAUCCCCGCGGAUAUUCAGGGAUCGUAACGUAUCUGAAUCCGCAUCCCCGCAGAAAUUCAGGGAUCGUAACGUAUCCCCGUGGAAAUUCAGGGUUCGUAAUAUAUCCGAAUCCUCAUCCCUGCGGAAAUUCAGGGUUUGUAACGUAUCUGAAUCCGCAUCCCCGCAGAAAUUCAGGGUUCGUAAUGUAUCCCCGUGGAAAUUCAGGGUUCGUAAUAUAUCCGAAUCCUCAUCCCCGCGGAAAUUCAGGGUUCGUAAUGUAUCUGAAUCCGCAUCCCCGCAGAAAUUCAGGGUUCGUAACGUAUCCCCGUGGAAAUUCAGGGUUCAUAAUAUAUCCGAAUCCUCAUCCCCGCGGAUAUUCAGGGUUCGUAACGCAUCCGUAUCCGCAUCCCCGUGGAAAUUCAGGGAUCGUAAUGUAUCCAAAUCGGCAUAUAUUCAGGGAUCGUAUUUGAAUCCCCUGCAGAAAAUGGAGUCCCGCUUCUCUCCCCCCCCCCUGCUAUUUGGGACAAAACCUCUUUCCAUCUGUAACGCCUUUGAGAAGUGGAAUCAUGAGGAUCUUAUUUUUUAAUAAACUAAUCAUGGAAAGACGCAAACGCUUCCGGGCUGGUUUUGAGGCGUUCGAGGAUCAGCGAGAAAUAUUUUGAUACCCUCUGUUGUUAUGAUUUGCAUUCUGAAAGCGUCCCAUAGCAGCUCCACAUAAAGCCCAACACAAUACAGUUUAAAAUCUACCAAGUAUACAAACACGGAAACAGCAUUAAAUAUUAACAGUAUUAAAAAAAAUAAACAUUAUUAUUACGAUUA